AUGGGUUCCUUGAAACUUCGGGCCAUCAGAAAGAAGCUGGAUAGCCUACAAACAGAACAAAUUGCUCAAAGACGACCUACAAACGGCCCUGUUAACAGAGAACAGACUGCUCAAAGCCGACAUUCAGAAAUCGCUGUGAUUGAGGAUCAAGCUGCUCAAAGACGACAAAUAGGAAGUGCCAAACUGGCGCAGCAAACUGAACAAAUGAACACUCUUAGGUUGGAUAACUGGUUUAAUAAUGCUCCUGAAGAAAGCCCUGAUCAAGAACAAAAUGUGUUCAAGAAUGAGAUUAAAGAAAGUAUGCAACUUGAGGAUGUUGAAAGUUCAUUAGCUGGGAAUCAUGAACUCGAUAUUAGACCUCAAAGCACUUCCGCCAGGCAGAGAAAAAUUUUAAAGGGGAGUAAGAUUGAUUCUGAAAAGUUGAAGAAUAUCAAAGAACUAAUGUUUGGUUCUCAGUACAGGAGCUAUUCUGAGGGUUGGAGGAAUCAAGCAUUUAGUUUUGAGAAUGGAGUUGAGUCUCUUAAGUUCGGUCUUGUUCAGAAUAAAGGAGGACCCUGUGGAGUCCUAGCUGUAGUUCAAGCCUUUAUUAUAAAGGUGCUCAAAAUUGGAAGCUCAAUGUUUUCAGUGAACAAGGGGAAAAGUGUUCUUUUCCCUUCCGAUGUAGAACGUAAAAAUGCGUUGGCUGCAGCACUCACAGAGAUUAUAUACAACGUUUCCCCGAAUAAGAAUGGUCCGUUCUUUGUUUGCUUAACGGAUGGUGGCAGGAAUUCAGGAAGCUCCGUGUAUCUUCACAAGGACGGGGUCAGUGAGUACAUGGUGUACUAUAAAUUCUCUGACUGUACGGAGAUGUACAAGUUUGUACAUGAGAACUUGAAUUACUAUCUGGAGAAUGGAAAUCAUGCGCUGGUGGCGUUCAUUUAUUCUUGUAUUUUAACAAGAGGAGUAGAAAUAGUUCGAUCCGAUUUUGAUUCUUCUGAAGGAACACUUCUAGCAGCGCACAACUACUGUACACAAGAGUUGGUGAAUCUGCUUCUAAUCGGAGAAGCAGUAUCUAAUGUUUUUGACAAUACUGUACACUUCUCAGAGGAAAUCAUUUUAAAGGGAGUUAAGCGAAAAAGUGCAAUCGGAUUUCUGUCAUUAUUUGAACAUUACAAGUCUGUUGAGGUUGGAAAGAACCUAAAGGAUCCCUGGAACCCUAUCUGGGUAAUCUGCUCAGAAUCUCACUUCUCUAUACUCUUCAAUACAGAUACACAUGCAGACAGGGCAAAAUUUGAUUUGUUUUACUACGACGGAUUAGGGAGACAGGAUGGAAUUAUAAGAUUGACCGUGAACACUGACGAGGGGGCAGGUGGACCCUUGAACCCCUAUCCACUAGAGCACUGUAUCAGAACUCGGUGGCCUGGUGCAUCUGUAGAUUGGAACGGAUCAGACCCUCUUUUAUAAUUUUAAACAUCCUACAUUG